ACUCUAUCCUCGGAGAAAAUAUCCCCCUCUCCCCACUCUCUCUCUCUCUAUCUCUGCCGGGAAAAUCAGAAAUGGCGUCAACGAGCGCGGUGGCAGCUCAGCUGUCAAACGUUAACGGACUCUGCGAUUGGAGAAGGCCGACCGCUUCCUCCAUGGCCUCAGGUUGGCAACGUAACUUCAAUGCAAAUUCAGUUGGUAAGCUGGCAAUAUCGUGGCCAAGCAAACAAAGAUCUCGGAUUGGUCACCGAUCUCUCCGAGUACAAGGUCUAUUUGGAGGGAAGAAGGAUGGUGACAAGGGCGAAGAUGGAGCUUCAAAGGCAGGCAUCCUGGGAAACAUGGCGAACUUGUACGAGACAGUGAAGAAGGCUCAGAUGGUUGUCCAAGUUGAGGCUGUCCGUGUGCAAAAGGAACUUGCUGCUGCAGAAUUUGAUGGUUACUGUGAAGGCGAGCUAAUCAAGGUAACAUUAUCAGGUAACCAACAACCAGUACGCACAGAGAUUACGGAAGCCGCCAUGGAAUUAGGUGCAGAGGUGAGUACUCCAAGUUCUUGUUUAAAGAAUCCAUUUUGGCCUUUAUGGAUGUAUACUAGUUGAUCUAGCAAAGCUGCAACUACGCUUUUGAUGUGCUGAAGUGUGUCGAGAUUAUUUUUACACCUACGCCUCCAACUGAUUGUAUUGAACGAAGGAAAGCUUGUUCUCUACUGCAGAAACUCUCACUUUUAGUCACAGAGGCAUACAAGGAUGCACACCAGAAAAGCGUCUUGGCCAUGAAAGGCCGAAUGAGCGACCUCGCCCAAAGCUUAGGGAUGCCUCCAGGUCUCGGCGACGGACUAAAGUAAAAAGGACGCCAUUUUGAUAUCCUAUAACGAUCAGUUUUCUGCAACCGAACCCUUUUAGAGUUUGAUUUGUACCUCGGAUCGAGAUUUAUAUGCUUAAUUCACCUGAAUGAUUGUUUUACAUUAAUGAAUUGAAGUAGUGAAUCGAGAUAUGAUUUUUGUCUUCUCCCACUUGUUGCAAUAGAUAAGAUGUUCCGAGGUGAUGUAGCUUUCAACCAUCAACUUGAUUAGGAUUUGCUUGCUAUUCAUAUCUGUCGACGUGACAUGGUCUGUAACUGUAUUUUUCACCAUGAAUAGGAGAAGGUAAUUUAUCUAUAUCAAUGAAGUGGGUCGGCCACUUUGUCAAUCAAGUUUGAAAUAA